AUGUCGCAAAAACUUCGUCGUGAGUAUCAACGAGCUCAAUGUGUAACAUUGAGUAAAGUCGGUAUGACUUGUCUCGAAAUUAGCACCAUUGUCAAUAUUCCAAAGUCAUCCGUUCAACGUGCUUUAAAGAGCCUUGAAGAAACAGGUAACUUUCAUGAUCGGCGACGUAGUGGUCGACCACAAAAAUUAAAUGAUCGAUAUGUUCUUAUGUUAAACUGUUUAACACGAAAUGAUGGAAGAUAUCCCAAGAGAUCUAAUCUGACAUAUGGAUAUUACCGGAAAGCGUCGGAUCCUGAACUGAAUUGCUCCGGAAUCCGACGUCUUCCGUAA